CGCAGUGCGAGAACAAAGGGCAAGAAGAAAGAUCGUGGUGACACCGACGGAAAGAAUUCCGCCUUAUUUUACCAUCAAGGGCCAUGUCCGACUCCGAAAGUCAACCGGAGAGGCCGGCAGAAGUUGAGAAAAAAAUCCUAGCCACCAAAGUAACCGGCAGUGUAAAAUGGUUCAAUGUUAAAAGUGGAUAUGGCUUCAUUAACAGAGACGACACAAAGGAAGACGUUUUUGUCCAUCAGACGGCCAUUACGAAGAACAACCCCAGGAAGUAUCUGAGGAGUGUGGGAGAUGGCGAGAAAGUUGAGUUUGAUGUCGUUGAGGGAGAAAAGGGCAACGAGGCAUCCAAUGUCACCGGACCUGAAGGCACACCAGUACAGGGCAGCAAGUACGCCGCGGACAGGAGGCGUUACCGUCGUCAGUGGUACCCCCGCAGGAGGCCCGAGAAUGGAGGAGAGGGCGAGGGUGAUGAAAGAGAGGAAAUGAACGGACAGGGAGGUCGCCCACGGAGACCGUAUUACCGCAACUACUACCCAAGGGGUGGAUUCCGAGGAGGGUACAGGGGAGGACCACCAGGGCCUCCAGGACAGAUGGUUCAUCCAGGUCCCAUGGGUCCACCUGCUGGACGUCGCCCAUUCUACCGCCGUUUCUACCGUGGCGGGCCAAUGAGGGGUGGAUUUGGCGGAUACGCGCCUGGGCCCCAGGGGUACUACGGAGGACCCCCUGGAAGGUUCAUGGGCCGAGGCAGGGGACGCGGUCGUGGACGUGGCAGGGGAAGGGGAGGUUACCGGCCCAGGGAUGAUGAAAGGAACAACGGCCAGGAAGGUCAGAACGACUCUGGUGCCGAGGAUAAGGCGGAAUAAAUGCUGGGAACCAUUCCACAUGUACAAUGACCUGGUACCAUCUGGAUCUUUCAACAGCUGGGAACCAACCUACUUUUGUUUUCUAUAAUAGAAAAAUCUAUAAAUAGACUCUAAUUGUACAUGUGAAGAUUUUCUUUUCUUAAAAUAGAUUUUUUGUGUCUUAAAAUAGUGUAUGUUUGAGGGACGAAGAAAAAAAAUCUAGCUCUUUUUUUGGAACUUUUACAUGGCAAAGAAUUUUUUGUCAACAAAGGGCGAGCUAGAUUUUUUUGAUAAGGCCAGAAUUAACUAUGGGUUUCUAUUGAAAAUGCAUGAAUAUUUCUCCAGCAGAUCAAAAGAUGAAAUGUUGGACAUGCAUACGCAUAUUCAAAAUGUUCCCCUUGGUGAAUUUAAAAAUCUUUGCCAACUUUGUAAACAUUAUGGACUCACUAUUAGAAUAUUAUUUUAAUCAAAAUUCUAGAUAAAUUGUAAAGGCAGGGUUUAAAAUCCUAGCAUUCUGCAAUAAAUCUAUUGUUUUGAAUGAAUGCCAACCGUUGCAACUUGUUAAAACACUAGUGCCAAUGUUAAAAAUACAUGAGCAUUGACAUCCACCAAUAUUGUGCACCUUUGCAAGGUUGGCAUUCAACAUUAAUCCCUACCAAAACCAUUGAAACUAAAAAAAACUAACAUUGGUUUUUGCGGGAAUUGUUUUUGAUAAGGAAAUUGGAAACGUCUUUUAUCUAUUCAUGUGCUGUUUGUUAGUGAUUUAUACUUUUUAAAUAAUCCAAUUUUCUUAUUAAAAUUUGUUUUAUAGAUACAGUGAUUAGCAAAAAUCAUGCAUUUUUACAGCAAAAUGAAUUUCCAUCUCAAAAAUUUACGCUGUGUCUAUAGAACAUGCAAGAUUUUCAUGUUUCGAUGUUCUUUUAAUGAAUUGUACUUUAACUAGAUGCAACGCUUGAAAAGUAACUGCUCGAAGUUUGUAUUGUUUUAUCCUCGAAACAUGAAAAUCUAUGAAAAAAACAUCCUGGUUUACAAAAGAAGCAUAUAAAUAAUUGCCCUAGCAACAGCGUCACAAGAUAUACAAGUGAAUAAACAAACAGCAAAUGUCUUGUUAUAAGCCAACAAGACCCCUUUCCCGAAAAAUUCUUUCAAAGCAAACUGCAUAUAACAGCAGGAAUGAAAUUGCAGUUUUACAAGAAAUUCCUCAAAUGUCGGGAAAGUGGAGGAGGGCAAUUAGUUUAUUGAAUGGAAAGGCCGCUACCAUACUUACAUGUAUUCUUAUUCCUAUGUGUGAUCAUUUGGCACCACAUCUAUUGAGGAAAAUAUUUAUUGAGAUUAAUUCCAGAUGAAUUAAGAGAAAAAUCAAAAUGCGGCUUAUUGCCAUCUUUUCUGAUAUGAAAUAUGAAAUUUUAUUUAUAAGGAUACAUAGAUUUGGUGUGAAAUUCUGCUUGUAACCAACUAGUAGUCAAUUGAACAAAAAUUCAAACCUGUUCUUGGAGAUGUGCCAUGAGGGUUCCAUGUUUUCUGCUAUAAUCAGACUGUAUUCGUUUUGAGUAGCUAGGUAUCAUGGUUCGUUUAUGGCACCUCUCUUUAGUGCAUAAUAAAGCGCUGUUUUUUUAUACGUUUAUUUUUUAACAGCUAUUUGCAAUCAUCAAAUAUGUAUAGGACAGGGUUUUGAAAAUAAAAAAUCUGCAUGGAAUA